CUCAGCUUCCAUGGCUACCCCAUCCUCCAUGGCCUGAUGCAAUCGCCGGCCUCCUGGCGUGGAACGGCACAGAUCGUGGAAGAAAUGGCAUGGAAGCGAUUGGAGGUCAAUGAAGUGUCCUUUGGAAUGGCUAUGAAUGCCUACGGAAAGAAAUCGAAUUGGCAAGACGCCUGCAUGCUGUUGGAGGGGCUUUCUGACUCGCAGCUGGAAACGAAUCAGGUCAUUUCGGGGACCUUUCUUGCUGCAUGUGAGAAGGGAUCUCUGUGGCCAUGUGCCUUGCACAUCGUGGAGGCACAUGCGGCGCAAGGCUUGGAGAUGAGUGGAAUUGCGCGCAAUAGCCUGCUUAGCUCGGUUGCACAGCAGCACUGGGAACGUGCCAGUAGCCUAUUGUUUCACCUUCCUGUGCAGGCCAACAUCAUCAGCUUCAAUUCGGUGCAAAAGAAGGGCCAGUGGUCGCGGGCAUUGGCACUCUGUAUCACCCUACAGUGCAGUGGGCUCACUGUAAGCAUCACCACUUGCAACACCCUCAUCAGCACCUGCAAUGAAGGCGACUCUUGGCAGCUUGCCCUCGUGGCCUUGGAACAUGAAAUCAUUGCUGGACUGGAAGUGGAUUGCAUCACGCGCAACUCCCUGAUGAGCCGGAGUCCUUGGAGGCUGGCCAUGUCUUUGCAGGAUCAACCAGACUGGACUGCGGGAACGGACGUCGAUGCCUUCGCUUCCUCCAGCCUCAUCUCCUCGCUGCGCGCGACCAGCGGCUGGCGCUGGGGCCUGGUGAAGCUGGCGCGGACGGAGGCCGAACGCGUUCAGUACAACGCCGCCAUGGCUGC